AUGUUGAUGACUUUGCUGAUUUCAGUGAAUGUUCAAGCUGAGAAUCUAAAAUUGGAAAGGAACUUGAGAAUUGUCGGUGGACAAGUGGCAAGACCUGGACAAUUUCCACACGCAGCUGCUCUGAUUCUUCACUUAACUUUAUCAAGAUCAAGUUUUUGUGGUGGAAACAUCAUUCAUCAAAAUUACAUUCUUACAGCAGCUCAUUGCCUCGACGACAUCACCAGAGUCGAAGUCCUAGCUGGCGUGCAUAAUAUUUGGCGGAAUGCUGAUUACCGUGAAAUGGUGGAACCGCGUGAUAUUAGAAAACAUCCUCAAUAUAAUCAAGAAACUUUGUUGAAUGAUAUUGGUUUGGUUUUUCUUCUCCAACGUAUCCCCUUGAACAGCGGCGGGAUGCAAAGAAUUGCUUUGCCACCUCGAAAUCAUAUGACAAAUCGAUUUGUUGGAUCUACUGGAACUAUCAUCGGAUGGGGAAGAACAAGUGAUACUUCUGUUGGCAUUUCUGACGUCUUACGAUUUGUUACACUUCCAAUAAUUGCUGAUCAACAAUGCAUCGAUACUUACAACACGAACUUUAACUACUUUAAUCCAACAAAUAUGUGCAUUUCUGGUGCUCGUGGCUCGAGUUGUAAUGGAGAUUCUGGCAGUGGCAUGCACUUGAAUAUCAAUGGACAAAUGACUCUCAUUGGACUUGUCAGCUAUGGAUCAUCAACAUGCGAGAGUGGACAUCCACCUGUUAUGACACGUGUAACAAGUUACUUGGAGUGGAUUGCGGCAAACACCGGAAUAAGGCUUAUGUAAAAAAAAUCUUGAUAAACAACAAAAAAAAUCUUGAGAAUAGACUUAGAUUAGAAGCAUCAAAGAUUGGUGAGAAAUUGGAGUUCGAAAAGAUUUGAAAUUGAAUCUUUAAACGUGUAGGAAAUGUUUUCGAAACAAUAAUUGAGAUAAAUUAUUUAUCUCAAUAUUUGACUUCCUUCUUGUAAAACUAAGUGUGAACUGAUAAAUAUUUUCUUAGUU